AUGAACGUCCCCCAGCCCGUCCAAGCCCCCCUCACCAAAUCCGCAACCUUCCUCGUCCUCACCAUCGCCAACCCCUCCUCCCCCUCCUCCCUCAAAACCAUCCGCUCCGCCCUCGCCAGCAUCCACGACCUCUCCAAGAACGUCUCCAUCCGGGACCUCAACUCCAACUUCAGCGUCACCGUCGGCAUCGGCUCCGCAGCAUGGGACCUCCUCAUCCCCCCCUCAUCAUCAUCACACCUCCCCAAGCCAUCCGAGCUCCAUCCCUUCCGCCCCGUCCACGGCCAGCGCCACUCCGCACCCGCCACCCCCGGCGACCUGCUCUUCCACAUCCGCUCCGACAGGCGCGACAUCUGCUUCGAGUUCGAAAGCCAGCUCCUCCGCCUCCUCGGCGCCUCCGUCACCGUCGAGGACGACACCCAAGGCUUCCGCUACUUUGACGCCCGCGACCUCCUCGGCUUCGUCGACGGCACCGCCAACCCCUCCGCCGCCGCCCUCCCCGAAGCGGUCCUCAUCGCCGAACAAGACGACCACAAGGCCUGCGUGGGCGGCAGCUACGUCGUCGUCCAGAAAUACAUCCACGACAUGCCCUCGUGGCGCGCCCUCUCGACCUCCGACCAGGAAGCCAUCAUCGGCCGUACAAAGGCCGACAACGUCGAGCUCGACGACCAGGCCCCCGGCGCGCAGCAGCCGCACAAGACGCUCGCCACCAUCGAGGACGAGCACGGCAACGAGCACGGCAUCUUGCGCGACAACAUGCCCUUUGGCUCGCCCGGGUCCGGCGUCUUUGGCACUUACUUCAUCGGCUACUCGCGGAGGCUCUGGGUCGUGGAGAAGAUGCUCGAGCGCAUGUUUGUCGGGGAUCCGCCGGGGAAGCACGAUCGCAUCCUGGACUUUUCGACGGCCGUCACGGGCGGCACGUUUUAUGUUCCGCCGGGGUGGGUUUUGGGCGAGUUGGACGAGGAUUGA